UUUAAAAUAGCCUCGAUUCUAUUCACUAAUUCGAGUGCAAGUCAAAGGAGCAUAAGUGCCAUGAGCUGCUGUGUUUUAGUGGCAGAUCUGCAGUGAAUAUGAUAAUACCCGAAGAUCAAGAUCAAAGAAAUAUUAUUGACAAAUUGGCAAACUUUGUUGCCCGAAAUGGACCCCAGUUUGAAGAAUUAACCAAAGAGAAGCAAAGAGAGAAUCCAAAGUUUCAAUUUCUUUAUGGGGGAGAAUUUCAUGCCUAUUACAAAUGGAAAGUUUAUUUGGAAGGCCAACAAAUCAAAGCCCAAGAGCUUCAUCAACAGAAUACAGCUGGUCAGCAACCAGGACUGGCUCCUGCCCCUUCAUGGCAACAAGGGUCAUUUCAACAACCACAAGCUGAACUGCAACCAACUGCACACAUCCAAGCCAAACCACAACCACCUAGUGAUCUUAACUUAUCAGAAUUUGAUGCUUUAUUGGCUAAACUGAUGGAUUCUUGCACUAAGGAUAACAUACAGAAUGGAAAGACAUGGAUAAUCAACAAUGCAAAAUCACCCCAGCAUUGUCGACACAUAGCUGAGCAUUUGCUGCUAAAAGUUGCAGGGGAGAAACAGAACUUUGCUCACAUGCUGCAUAUUGUGUAUCUUAUCAACGAUGUUGGUCACCACUGCUCAAGAAAAAGUCUGACUGAUUUACAAAAGGCCCUUGGCGACGUAGUUCCCUCAAUUGUGGGAAUCUCUCACCAAAGUGAAUCUGCAGAGAACAGAGAGAAGGUUACAAAAGUUAUCAAAAUCUGGGAGACAAAUAAAGUUUUCCACGAAUCUGUCAUGGAGAGUUUAAAAGACCCUCAAAAGGCUUAUGAAGAAUAUGAAGCAAAAUGCAAUGAAGAGCAGCAACAACUACAACAACAGCAGCAAGCAGUUUUAAUACAGCAACAACAACAACAGCAGCAACAACAACAACAACAGCAACCUGGAUUUGGGAAUUUUCAACCACAGCAGCAACCACCACAGUGGCAGCAGUUUCCGCAACCCUUUGGACAGUUUCAAGGCGGCCAACCUCCUCCUUCGUCGUUUCCUUAUCCGUAUCAACAGGCACCGCAGAUUCCGCAAGAUAUGGGCCAAAACCAGUUACCAAAUGCACAGGAGAUGGGCCCGGAUAUGGAAGUAAAGAGGGAAAGUGUUGACCCGGGGGGUGACAGAAGAUUACACGAGGAACAGAGAGAUCAUCCACACCCUGGCAGGCAGGAGGGUUUCAUGCAUCCCGGGCACCAAGGAGCGAAUUUCCCAAGAGGACCUGGCCAGUUCGGGCCACAGCCAGGUCCAUGGGGACACCCGCCUGAUUUCAACCAACCACCACCUCGGUUUCAAGACCCAAUGUUUCAGCCGAGGCAUGUGCCACCGCAGUUUCAGCAAUUUGAUUAUGGACAUCAACAUCGUGCACCGUUCCCGGAACCUGGUGGCCACCCGCAGCCGCAGACGUUUGACUACGACCAUGGAAGAGCUGGCCCAGAGAUUAGACCUGGUAUGCAUCCGGUUGAAGUUCGAGACCCAACGGUUCCUGUUGCACCGUACCACGAUUUACCAGCCGGUCUAGUGGUUCCACUUAUUCAUCUUUGGGACAGUGAAUACAAGCCGAUUAAUCCAAAGGACAUUCGCCUUCCCGUUCCACAGCCUCCAAGUGAACGGCUUCUCGCUGCUGUUGAAGCAUUUUACAGCCCACCAUCGCAUGACCGCCCUAGAGACAGUAACGGAUGGGAGAAGAAUGGACUUUUUGAGUUCUUUAAAGCGAAGCUGAAAUACAUUAAGGAUAAACCUAGAAAUAUCGCAGCAAUUGUGCGGAGUCCAAGUCCACCCCCCGUGCAAAUGAGGCCAAUUCAAGAGAGGCAGUCUCCUCCAAAAAGUCCAAAAAGGCGCUCAGUGUCACCCAGAAGGAGGUCGCGGUCUCGAUCACGCUCAAAAUCAAGAUCGAGAUCAAGAUCACAAUCACCAAGACGCCGCUCACGAUCGAGAAGUCGUGAACGGCGCCGCUCGAGGUCAAGAUCUUCAUCAGACGAUCGAAAGCGUUCAAGGUCUAAGUCUCGUUCCCGCUCAAGAUCAAAAUCGAUGUCACCAAGACCGGUCAAGGAGAGAAGCCCUAGAAGAAGUCCGACCCCACCAACCGGAUUCGUUAUGUUUGAGUCCAAAACCCUGGAAUCGCGAAUUGAUGAGAGUAAUGUUGGUCACCAAAUGUUGAAAAAAAUGGGUUGGGCUGGCAAAGGUCUAGGUCGGGAAGAAAGGGGGAUCCAAGAGCCGAUCAAAGGAGGCGAAGUUAGAGAAAAAGGAGAUAUGUUUAAGGGUGUUGGCGUUGAGAUGAAUGAUCCAUUUGAAAAUUACAGAAGAAACAAAAGCUACACAUACAAUCGCCCUCGAAAAGAGAGAUAACUGUCGCCGUUAAACCAUUAUGACGUCAUGAAGGAGAUUGUCGUGGAUGAUGGUAAUCAGCUGUGAAAUCUUGCUGGACUCAAUCAGUUUAAAAGCAUCACCAAGAAGGGCCUACGUCAUAUUCCAGAUACCGCUUUUUGUACAGUGCUGCGAGAACUGACGAUGAAGGAUUUUACAGCUAGUGAGGCAACCUUUGCUUUGCGCCUAGUCAAUUUAUAGAACACUGUUAUCUUCAGCAGGGUAAUGUCUUUUAUUGCCAUAAUCAAGUAUGCAUUUUUAUUUCUGACAUUUGUAAUGCCUGUAUAGAUGGGAAAACAUUGCUUGGAUAAUACCAAAAAGUACCGAUGUA